AUGACUGGAGCUAUAGCAUUCCUCAGAAGGCAUCUCCCCGAGAGCCUUGGAACAGAUAUUGGCUGUGGCAUUGGUGGGGCUGAAGCCAGUGGAAAUAGAUGUGAAAGCAUGCAAAAGUGGUUAGAUGAUCAGGCGACUCUUGUUUCCGGUGCCCGAUUGCAACCGACAUAUCAGCCUCUAAGGCCAACGCCAAAAUCCCAAUCAAAAGAUAGUCCAAAGAGGUUGCAGCCACCUCCAAAUUCUUUGAGGGAAAGACCUGGUUCAAAGCGAAAUGGGUGA